AUGGCUGCUGGGAAAUCCAAGACUGCUACGACCAACGGUGCUGGCAAGAAGCCGAAGGUUAGCACCUCGUCAGGCAAUGGCAACGCUGCUCCGAAUGGGAAGGCGAGCCCCGUCACUCCCACAGCCGUAGAGGCUAUCUCGGAGCAGUUCGAUUUCGCUGCGUAUGUCACAGGAAAACCCGAGAAGUCUGUCUACGACCAGGAGCAGGAGAAAAUCAAGGCACAGAUUGAUGCGCUCCAGUCUGCUGUAAAGGAAAAGCUAGGCUUGACCUCGAAGGGCGACGCCGGGAACGACAAACGCGCUGCCCUGCGCGCCGAGCUGGAUAGCCUUCGUGGCCAGCAGUCCAAUACCAAGCUGAACAGAAGCAAGGUCUUUGACCAGCUGAAGGCGAUCCAGGAUGGUGUACAGAAGAAGGUCAAGGACCUCAAUGCAGCGAAGGCCAAGGCACCAUACAAGACGGUGGACGAUGUCGAUGACCGAAUUAAGCAGCUUGACAAGCAAGUGGAGUCCGGGAACCUUAAGCUUGGCGAUGAGAAGCGAGCACUUGCAGAAAUCAGUCAGCUCAGGCGCAGCCGCCGACUUGUAGAGGGUUUCCAAGCCGAGCAGGAGUCGAUUGAGGCAGACCGUGCCGCUGCUGACGCGCUUCGCCAGCAGCUCGACGACCCGGAAGCCAAGGCCGUCUCCGAGCGCUACGACGCCAUCAAGGCUGAGCUCGACGAGCUCAAGAAAGAGGGUGACGAGGCGUUCGCAAACCGCAGCAAGCUUCUCGACGAGCGGACUGCACUCCAAAACCAGCUUGACACGCUAUAUAACCGGAAGCGCGAGUCCGCACAGCGGUUCCGCGAGGCGAACGACCGAUACUGGAACAAGAUGAACGAGGAGCGUGCGAGGCGUGCCGAGCGACAGCGCGCGCAGCGUGUGGCCGAUGAGGAGGCGAAGAAGCGUGAACUAGCGGAGCGCCUGCGGGAUGAGGCGGAGGUGCCUGCUUUCCAGCUGCAGAUUGAGGACUGCCAGACCCUCAUCGACCAGUUCUCCGGGCGCAACCCUACGCAAGCACUAUCCUCCGCGCUGUCAGAGAAGGCUGAUGUCACCGGCGUGCCGAAGCUGGAGAUCCGCAAGGUGGAGGCGGAUUCCGGCAUGGUCGUCCGCAAGAAAAAGGGCGAGGACGACGAUAACUACUUCGUCGCAACACCGCGGAAGCAGAAAGGGAAGAAGGGCGGAGCUAAGGCGAGCGGACCAUCAGAGGUUAACGGCGCCGACGCGUCUGCUAGCCAGACUCUGCAUGUUCCGCUGCCCACGCUCUCCGCACUUCUCUCCCUCUCAAUAGCGCCUCCCACCUCUCCCGCCGAUGUUCCUCGUGUUAUUGAGGACCUAAAAGCGAAGAAGGCAUGGUUCGUUUCGAACCAAGCUCGCGUUACUGCCGAAAACAAGGAAAAGGCGGAGGCACGCAUCCGACAGCUUACUGGCGCUGGCAAGACGGUGGAUGCGCCUGUGGCAGAAGACUUGACACCACCAAACGGAGGCGGAGAGCAUCCGGCGGAACCAGUAUCAACACCAGCAAUUACUGAUGUGUCACCUGCGGUCGUGCCCAGUGAGGCGGUUGAGGAGAAAUUGGAGAGCGUUGCGGAAGAGCAAAACGGUGAUGCAGAUGUUGCGGAGUAA